CAACGUCGCAGCGUCCUCAUCUAUUGGGAUUAUCAACAGAUCGAAUUUAUAUUUAAGCACAACAUGAAGUUCUUGGUGAUCGUUUUCGUGGCCCUGCUUGCCCUCGCCUCCGCUGCGCCCCAAUUCGGAUUCGGAGGAUUUGGUGGUCAGCAGCAACAGCAGCAGGAAGGAUUUGGUGGAUUCGGAGGAGGCGGAUUUGGGCAGCAACAGCAGCAGCAAGAAGGCUUCAGUGGAGGAUUCGGAGGUGGUUUCGAACAACAACAGCAGCAGCAAGAAGGCUUCAGUGGCGGAUUCGGAGGAUUCGGCGGCGAGCAACAGCAGCAGCAGCAGCAAGGAGGCUUCUUUUAAGGCCAUAAAAUUAUGACAUAGCACACUAAAAAACAA